CAGACAGAGGCGCACAGCUUUGGGUGUGUAUUGUGUUGCUUUAACAAAUCGCAGAAUAUCCUUCGCCUUUAUAGUUUUACAACCUGUGAUGCAAUUUGAGUUCAGUGUGCCAAUUUCAGGUGAUGAUUAUAAAUAAGCCCAGCGCCUCAGCGUUCGUGCUGGUUUCACUGUAGGUGCUGCAGGUGACAGAAGUAGAGUAAACCAAGCAGGGAAACAGCAGCAGCCAUAAUGGGAGCAGAGAAAAUGGAAGUGGAGGAUUCUACUCUGAUGGAAAGAGGCAAGAGGUCGCCCGCGCCCAAACCUCCCAACACGUUUGAGAGAAUCUACCAGCCGUGCUUGGCUGAAAUCGUGGGGACCAUGUUCUUCGUCUUCAUCGGAUGCGUGUCGGUCAUCGAGAACCUUCCGCAAACCGGACGCCUGCAGCCGGCUCUGGUGCACGGAUUGGCGGUGGCGGUUCUGGUGGCGGUCAUGGACAACAUCAGCGGCUCCCAUUUCAACCCUCCCUUCACCAUUGCCAUCUACCUGUGUGGAGGCAUGGAGCUGGUGAUGAUGGGGGCCUACCUGGUCAGCCAGCUGAUUGGAGGAGUGCUGGGAGCCGGAAUGGCAAAGCUGAUGACCCCUGCAGACCGUUACCUCAACGCCACGGGAGCAGCUUUUGACCUCCUCAAGUCAGAGGACCAGCUGUACAAGGCCCUCUUCGGGGAGGUGGCCAUGACCUGCCUGGUGACCAUGGUGGUGCUGCUGGUGGCGGUCAACGGCAAGACCAAGACCCCACUGGCUCCGUUCGUGGUGGGCUGCACGGUCAUCAUCAACGUCCUGGCAGGGGCUGACGUAUCCGGAACGUGUCUGAACCCUGCCAGAGCUUUCGGUCCAGCUCUGAUUGCCAACUACUGGACCUACCACUGGGUGUACUGGGUCGGACCCAUCGCAGGAGGUGUGCUGGCCGCUGGUCUGCUCAGGCUCGUCCUCGGGGAUAAUAAGUUACGAGUCGUUAUGAAAUCCUAACAGCCUCUGCUGCGUGUUUACGGCGGUGCAGGUGUCAAUAAACUUGUAAACACCAUAUCAGUCCAUAUCAGUUUGGAACCAUAUAAUGUCAUGUGGUCUGUUUGAUACCGUAGUUGUUGUUUUUUUUCUUUCUCUCUCCUGUCAGUUUGUGUAAUGGGUGGAUGUUUUUCAGUUUGAAAUAAAGACAAAAUGGAUAAAUGAUCGUUACUAUACUGUUUUUAACUGUAGAUUCAACUGUACAUUUUACUGUUAUUUACAGAUUUUACCUGUUUUGCUACAGUACAGAUGACAA